AUGAUGCGCGAACUGGCCGGACAGGCCCAGGGCUUCUACUCGGGCAGCAAAAAGCCCUUUUCCGCUGUCAGCGACUGGAUCGACCGCCUCUGCACCCAGAAGUACGCGGAAGAGGACCUCGACGGCAUCCCCGAGCUGGUAGAAGCCAUCAACCUCCAGUCCACCGGCCCGGCGGAGGCCAGCCGAGCACUCCGCAAGAAGAUGAAGUACAGCAACGUGCACGGCCAGAAGCGCGCACUCAUCAUCCUGCGGUACUGCGUGGAAAACUGCAACAAGCGCUUCCAGACCACCUUCGCCAACGACCAGCUGAUCGAGCGCCUCAAGCUCAUGUCGCAGGACGAGCUGGUCGAUGCAUCCGUCCGCCGCCUCCUGAUGCGCGUCCUUCUCUCGUGGCACCACCAGUUCAAAGACGACCCCUCGAUGCGCACCGUCGCUGGACUCUACGUGGCGUGCGGCGGCGGCAAAAAGUCCGACGCCCAGAAGAAGAGCGAGGCCGCCGAAGCCUACCGCAAGCGCGAGGAAGAGGCGCGCCGCGAGCAGCAGAUCCGCAGCGACCGCAAGGCCGCCGAGCGCCUCCAGAAGCUCGAGGAAAAGGAGCUGGCCAAGCGAAAGAAGAAGGGAGGCGCCUCGGGCGCCGCCAAACGGCCCGCCUUCAAUUUUGAGCAGGAGAAGCCGCAGAUCCUCUCGUCGCUCGCCACGUCGCAGUCGUCGGCCACGGCCCUGGUCAAUGCCCUGCAGCACGUCAACCGCGAAAAGGAGAGCGUCACCGAAAACGCCCGCGUCCAGGACUACCUCGCCCGCGUCAAGGUCGAGCGCAAGAAGAUCAUCCGCUACAUCCAGCUGGUCAAGGACGAGGAGUUCAUCGGCAGCCUCAUCUCGGCCAAUGAUCAAAUCAUCCUCGCGCUGCAGCUGUACGACCGGCUGUCCAAACCCGUCGAGCUCGACAGCGACGAGGACAACGAGCCGCUGGCGGCCAUCUCUGGCGGCGAGACGGCCGAACAGAAGCAGGCGGCGCGGCUCGAGGCCGACGAUGCCGAGAUUGAGCUGGUGCGCAAGCGCAUCGCCGCCGCGCGCCUCAAUGCGCCCGAGGGCGAGCUCGAGAAGCUUCAGGACCGGCAGCGCGGCCGCAUCGAGCGGCACAACACGCGCGUCGGCAGCAUCCGCAGCUUCGACAUGGGCGGCAGUGCGAGUGCGGGCGCAGGCGAGGGCGCGGUUGGCGAUCUCAUGGACCUCAACUUUGACGACGACCAGACGACGACCAGCUCGGCACGAGGCGGGGGCGGGGGCAUGACGGCGUCCGAGAGCGCGGGAUCCGGCUUCCAGGCGCGCGGCGGUGCGCUGUCCGACUACAGCGACUACGAUGAGUCCGAGGAGAGCGACGGCGAGGGCCAGGGCCACCGCGUGCCCGUGGGCCGGUCGACGAGGCCGGACGGGGCGUCGUGGACGAAUCUCAACGACAGCGAGGAGGAAGAGUGGCUUCAGGCCACCCAGGGCCACCGGCCGCGCAUCGGCCCCGGUUUCAGCUGGAACGAGGGCGACGACGACAACGACGACGACGAGGCAGAGGACCCGUUUGCCGAUCCGUUUGCCGAUGCCAAUGCGGGGCCCGCGGCGAUUCAGCGCCCGUCGAACCAGCCUCGUCGCGAGUGGGCUGCCGUGUAA